CUACUACUAUCAUCAACAUCAAUACACCCGUUGUUACUAUUACUGCUGCGUCAACUACAACUUAGCAGCUACUACGCUGCCCAUUACUCUGAAAAACAACAACAAAUACUACUACUACUACUUCUAUUACUACCACUGCUAUUACUAUUACCGUUACUGUAGGCAGUGCUGCUAAUACAACCGAGCGCCGGGUUAAGGAGGGCCUCGGUAGUGUUUUUAUUAUUUUUAUUAUUUAUUAUUUGAUAAUUUAUUUUAAUAUUUCGUUAGUUUUUCUUUCAAUAUUGUCAUUAGUAUUAUUAUUACUAUCAUUAUUAUAAUUAUUAUUAUUAUUUGUUGAUCUUUUUUUUUUCGCAUGCGAAAAAAUGCUUGGAAUGUUUCUGAUGCAAAAGAGCUGAUGGAAGGAAGAAAGAAAUACGAAAUACGAGGCGCAGGCAUAUAGAAAAUAGAAAUAGAAGAAGAAAGCAAACGAAAAAAAAAAAUUGUAUAGAGAUUGGAAUUUCAUACGCCAAACGGAAACACCCUAUGAUGGAGCCUUUACAAUGCUGGUCCACUUGCUAGAUAUAGGAACCAAAUCUCCCACGAAUCGCAUUCCACUACCCGAGGAGAGAAACGAACACGUUGGAUAAUGUAACGGUAGAUACCUGUAAGAAGACGUCUUCUUUGCUAAGGUGUUUUUUUCCUUUUUUUGGUCUAUGUGCGUUUCCACAUAACUAUGCACAUUUAAGGGCUGCCUUGGAGCUAAAAAGAGCAACAACAAUAAUUGAAAUGCCAUUACCAACACUCACGAUAUUUAUGAAAAUAUCUAAUGCAAACACAAUUUAUUCAUACACACCCGCUUAAGACAUAUACACGCUUAACACAGAACGAUAACACACACACACAUACACGCAUAUAUAUAUAUACAAGCGCGCACACACAGACAUAUCCCGAGAGAGAGAGAAAGAGAGAGACGUUGAUUGCUAAUUAAGCAUAUUCUUUUAGCUAUCUUUCAAUCGCUUAAUUUGUAUGUCUAUCGUUCCAACUAUUUCAUAUUUCCUGCUCAUUUAGGCGUCUGUCUUUCGGCUGUUUCUUUUUUUAGAUUAUUAUUAUUAUUAUUAUUAUUUUCUAUUCGUCUAUAUAGGACAUGCAAUAGGAAUCUUUUAAGUCAGGCAAAUUCCCUGAUGCGUGGAAUGUUUUAAACUGUACAUAUAUGAAUAGACACAAGUUUGAAUGUAUUUAUGUGUAUGUAUGUAUAUAAAAACAAGUCGUUAAGUGAGCGAGAAAGAAAGGCUGAAGACCACACAUACACGCACAAUAUAUAUAUAUAUACACAUAUAUAUAUAUAUGUGCUGCAUGAAUAGGGAUGUGUGCAGACGGUAACAUAAAACAAGCUCAUCUUUUCAGUCGUUCGCAGCCACUUCAGUAUCCGUCUUAGUUGGAGAUGCCUAUGCGUGCGUGCAUCGGAGCUUUAGACUCGAUAGUGAUUGCCUAGUCGUGCAGAAAAGCGAGGAAAGGAGAGAAAUAAGAGAAAGCAAAACAAAUAUAAACACACUUUUUGGUUAUUCACGAGUGCAACAACUGAGUCCCUACUCAGUCGCUAGAAGGAGCAGCCAAACCUUUUACAAACUACAUAACAAAAAAAAAACGAAAUGGUAAAUGAUAAUAUAUUGAAGUCCUGGAUAUAAUAAUAAACUGGCUGAAAAUUGAAAGCAAAAGUAAUAGUAAUUAUAAUUAUAAAUAUAUACAGGCUUUUUUUUUUCGAUUGGAAACAAUGCUACUCGUCGUAAGUGAGUUCCACCAAGAGUUGACUCCAGGCUAAACGACAACAGGAACUCUGAAUAACACUGCAAUCAUUAUUAAAUGCUACAACUGCACAGCUACUUACAUAUUACUUCUAACACAAGGGUAAGGAGAGCAACAACACCAACAGAUAUGACAAAUUCGUCCAAAUGAAUACUUAUUACUAGCAGAAGUAGGUGUGUAAUCCCCUUUCUUUCCUUGUGCACCCACUCGCACCUUAUCUCGUGUGUAACGUUUAGUUAUUCAAUCCUCCUCUCACCACUCCUCUUACCUCCCUCUCUCUCUCACUCAUUCUCUCUCACCCAGCCUAACUAACCGUCUAUCUGUCUGUUUCUCUUACACCUUCCUUUUUCACUGUAUUUUUCUCUCAUUCAUUUUCUCGCUCCUUUCAUGGUUACCGUAACGAGUAACAUCAACAAAGGUAACGGGUACCAGCGAAUCGUCUCUGUGGUGGUCCGACUUACUGGAAAUAACAGCUGAAUUUACACCCUUAGACACGAAUUGCCCCCUAAGGUUUCAAGCACACACACACACAUAUAUAUAUAUACACAGAGUCCUGUUCACCAGUGUCUGACGAAAACGAGAUGGAAUGGUCACGACUGGAUUAUCUUUGAUCAUGGCUCUGCUCGAUCAGGGCUGACCAGAGGCUAACGAACUACUACAAAGAUAUCAACUGCUACAGACAACAAAUCGCUAUGUAAGCUGCAACAACUGUAAUAAAACUUUAUGUGGUUUGUCAUCAGUAAAAAAAACCGCAAAUAUGAACAACAAACAAAACUCUCAUUCGUUCCACUUAUAUUAUUAAUAACAAGAGCAACAGCAGUCAUAUACACACACAUUCUCUCGCUUUACUAACUACUACCACUUCUUUUCUACCACCUCCACCACCACUAACAUCACCAUCAUCAGCACAACGAGAACCAAUCAGCACUAACAACUCAAACAACACCACUACCAUCACCACCACCCUUACUCUCCACAACGUGAUGCCCUCGAUACAAUUAUUAUCAUUAUGGAAUUUAUCGCACGGUUAACAGCCGGUAUAAUCGUGGCUUCUUCUAAAAACAAUAUGAAACAAAUAUCACAAACGUGUCUGUGAAGCCCACAUAUAGUUAAAGUUUACCAAAUAGUAUUACAAAUAAGGGGUAAAUGUUAAUACUAACAACGGAUUCACGACCUUUAUAAUUUUUUGUUCUUGGUUUGUCUAAACAAGUUCUUUUUUAGUUACUGUUUUUAUUUAUAUGUUGCUCAAUAGAUUAAUAUUAGAUAUUGUUAAAACAUUCACAUUUGAAUACAUUUAUUCAUAAACCCAUUGAUACAAACACACAUAACCAUAUAUAUAUAUAUAUAUGCACACAAAUACACACACACACUACACACUAUUGAUUUAGGAUUAAUAUAUCCAAUUAUAGUUAGAGUGGUUGCAUAUUCCUAAGUACACAUAAGUAUAUUUUGACGAGAAGCUAACCUGGAAAGAUAUAUUUUUCUACCCAACUUUUUUUAUGUACGGACUCAUCGCAUCUUUAUUUCCAGGGCGUUUAAUUGUUUAUUAAAAAUACGAUCUUAAUUAAACAGAUUAAAUUUGUUAUUUGCUUCCAACAUAUAUACAUAUAUAUAUGUAUAUAUAAAACACAUACAUACACAAACACACUUACAUAAAAUCAGUCUUGUUCUUCCGUAGCGUAUAUUCGUGUCUUUAUCCGUUAGUAAUCUUGUUAUCGAUCUCACUUUGUCUCUCUAUCCUAUAAACAUACAAUCCAUUUAUUUACAUAUAUACAGAAAUAUAUACACAUUACACACACAUGUGCACAAAUGCUACGAAUAUCCUAUCAAAAGAUAUAAUGUAAAAAAUUAUUGAGUUCGUGGUGUGGCAGACCGUCGAGGAAAAAGUGAAAAGAUAGGAUUUGAAACAGAAAUGGAAGUUUAAAAUAAUUGUUAUUUAUAAAGUAUAUGUACAUAUAUAAGAAAACACACAAGAAGGAAAACAUAUGAAAAAUAUUCAUGAGUUGGCAGCGUGGCUAGCCAAGGAGUUACCGAUAUUUUCUGGUGUAUUGGGCACUAGAGUUUUCUUGGAAGUGAAGCCGGCACCGACGUGGAGCGUGGAGCUGCCUGCUAUAUGUGCCGACUGGCGUGCGGAGGGGUGUUCCUACCGCCCGAGGGUUGCUGUGGAAUGAGACCUAUUCAUGUGCGGCGCUGUCCUGUACUUUCCUGUCUUGGACUAUGGAUGUUGGCACUCGGGGCCAUCUCUCGACCACCAUAGUGUUAAUAGCCAACAAUUAUGCAGAUCCUGAAUAUUAACGUCGGAGUUUAGGCACUAGUUCCGGCUUGACCAUGGAUUAUUUUUACAUCAACCAGUCACCACAGCUAAACCAAAGGUGGCCUCAACAUUCAAGUGUGCCUCAAAAUCACAUCGGUGUAGCUCGUGCUUCCGGUUUCGUAGGAAAACGUGGACAUAUGCUUUCCGAUGAUGACGAUGAAGAUACUGACAAAUACUUCAAAAAACUUCAUCUCUCCGAACGGAGGUCUACAUGGCAACAUACAAAAACUCGUAAUCCUCUAUCUGUCUCACGUAUUGCGGAGUAUUGCAAUUCCCCCAUGUUACCAGUCGGUGGCUCAGAAGGUGAUGUUCCUCUGAAGUACAACUUGGAACAAGUUUAUGUACUGAUCAGACAUGGUGAUCGUACACCAAUGCAUUCGUUUCGGAACCAUCCUAAUCCAACGUUAGGAUGUCAUAUGGAUCAACAACUUUUUUCAUCUUUCAGCCCAUAUUUAGAAGGAUAUUUGCCAACAAUGAUGGCAUUCCAGGGUAAACAACAUCCUGCCAGUGGAUUUAAGAAUUGGGCCCUUCAUCCUAAUCAUCGAAUUUGUGAUGGAUCUCAGUUAACCGGGCUCGGUGUUCUUCAGCAUCUCCAGAUAGGAGAAUUUCUCAAAGAUACAUAUGUACAUCGAUGGAGGUUAUUCGGAAAUAAUUUCAAUGCUCGAAAAGUCUAUAUUCGUAGCACCGAAUACUCCAGAACUUACCAAAGUGCCAUAGCUUUCCUCUAUGGAUUUCUACCGCAUUUCAAUCUCACAGAACUUCUCAUUGAACGCUCAUCCAAUCUAUUGAUGUGCUCUCAACGUUAUUUUGGUUCUUCUUGCCACUGUCCAGUAAUCCAUGCUCUAAAACAGUCAACCGAUCGUCUAGCAUCGUUUCUUAUACAAAACAAUUCACAGUAUUACUAUUUGGCACAGAAAAUAGCCGCUGUAUAUAAUUUAAAAGUCCCUCAACUUCCAUGGGCCAGUGCAAUGAUGGACGUUUUUAUGUUUUACGCCUGCCACAAUAUCAGUCUCCCUUGUAAUGGCAAGGGUCAGUGCAUAGAUUGGAUGGUAUUGGACAAUUUAUGGGAACAUCUCGAUCAAAACGGGAAUCGUCAGGUGACUUCGGACAGCACCAAUCUAAAACGACACCGCCUUGCCACAUACCCGUUUCUGUACGAGAUCGUGCAAUCAAUGAAAUCGUACAUGCACGGAAACCCAACGACUAAACUCUUCCUUUACUCAGGUCACGACGUCACAGUAACACCUGUGCUAACUGCACUGGGUGCUCACAGUGGCAAAUGGCCACCUUAUGCUUCCAGAAUAAUAUUCGAGAUGUACAGUUUACGGCGAAACCGACAAAAGAAAUAUUACAUUAGGCUAUUAUACAACGGACGUGAUAUAACAAAUUUGACACCGUUUUGUAGUUCUGCUACAAGCGAGACCUUAUGCUCAUUCGAAAAAUUUUCAAAUUUUGUAAAUAAAGACAGUUUAAGAAGAAUUGGCAUUAGUGACUAUAAAGACGCUUGUAGUCAAGGACUCCAACCAUCAGAAAAUAAAUAAACUACAUAAAAUUUUGUUUUUCAAAUGGAUGAAAGAGGUAUUUCAUGAAUAAAUAAACA